UGUAACUACUAUAGUGGCCCUCGAGCCAGUAGGUGCCGGGAAGCACGGCGACAAGCCCAAUGCCUUCGCUAACGAGUGCGUCAUGAACAACUACAACUGCGAGCACAAGGACACGCUGCACAAGAUCAGCAAAGGUGAAUGCCCCGGCUCGCAAGGCAUCCGUCUGUCCUAAGCGACGCGAAUACCGCCAGUUUUUACACUCGUCUAUUAUAAGUAAUUUGUCAGCACUGAUGUUUUUUGCAUGACAAUAAUCUAUGAAUAACCUCUUUUGAAGAUUUUAAUCAGACUGCGAUCUAAAAGAUGCUGUGUUUAUUAUAUUAUUAUGCAUUUAUUGUAUUAAGCUAGCUUUGAAAGUAAUAAAGAGAAGCAUAUUUUUUUGAUGAAGACUUUGAAUUUAAAUAAGCUUAGUUAUAAAUUUCGUUUUUGAUACAAGCUUUUAUCGCUAACUGUACUUUUCUUUCAACAGGCAACUAGUACUCAUCGAGACAAUUCUAACAUUUCUAACAAACCCAAACACAGUUAAGUUGCGUUGUUUUAUCACAUAGUCUCAUGUCAUCAGAUGAGCUCGAUGGUACCAUCAUAUUGCAUUGUCAUCGAAUUUACAUGCAAAUUUUUAGGUUUAUCGGAAACCGCGAAGUAUGUAGUUCAAAUUUAAUUUGCAAUAAUUUGAUUACAGACUAAUUACGGGACAGUUGAAACUAAAAAAUAUAAAAGCUUGUAAAAAUACGACCUUUGUGAAAAUUAAAACUAAUGUGAUGAUAUGCGAUGGUGUAGUACCUACCUAAGUAAUAAAGCCUACUCUAAAAAUACAGCGUAAACUCCAUAUAACGUCACUCUUGACUUUGGUUGGUUUAUCUUGUUUUCGAUACAAUCAUACACUCUAUAGGUAUAGCGUCACGCUCACUCUAUUUAACCGUUAGUCCGUUAACGACUACAAUACAGCAAUAUAAACCAUUACGAAGUACUUUCUAAGUUGCCGAAAUUGAUAAAAACUGCAGCUGUGUAGGUACGUUUUUUUUUGCUGUUUUGUAGUUUUAUUAUCUAGCACGUGUUUAUUUCGACUGACGUACCGGAGAUUCUAAGAAAAUUUGUCUUUUGUUUUUGUAUGAUGAACUUGCACAUGUUUACCUCGGCCACUAGAUUUUGGUCGAGUUGUUACACGUUAUAAUAAUCGCAGUUGCUUACAGACUUUCGAACUGUUAAAGUGUUAUCAUGGCGAGUAAACGAAAAUCUUUGUGUAUUGACGAAAAAGUUUUAUUAAUACGCUCAAUAAAGGCGGGAGAAAAGAUAAGUGAUGUUGGAAGACGCUUUGGAUUUAGCCGUUCUACCGUGUCUACAAUAUGGAAAAACAAAGAAAAAAUUCUACAAGCAGAAGUGGAUGGAAAAUCUGCUAAGAAAUUAAAGAAACCUCAAUACGAAGAUCUGGAUCAAGCGAUGCUAUCAUGGUUUUAUAGACAACGCCAGAAUAACAUGCCUGUCUCGGGACCGAUCAUGAAAGCUAAGGCGAAGAAAAUUGCCGAACAACUAGGAUUAACUACUUUCAAAGCAUCAGAAGGAUGGCUCGGAAAGUUCAAGCAACGUCACCAUAUCAACUAUUAUAAAAUGAAUGGAGAAGCACUGACAGAUCAAGAAAUUUUAGAAUCGGUGAGAAAUACGGAGGAACAACAAGUGGAUGAAGAAGAAGAAAAAGGCGAUCCUGAGCCUCCACCAAGCAUCGAACAAGCACUUGAUGCAGCGAAAUUAUUAGAAAAAUACUUUUUAUAUAAUCAAGAUGAUCCAUCAGAAUCUCAAGAUAUGAGUAAUAUACUUAAGAAAAUACAAUUAAAAUAUUGGAGGCGCAAAAAACAUCAGACAAAGAUAACAGACUAUACGCAAUAGGCGUUGUUAUUUGUAUUAAAGGAAUGUGUUUUUGUGCAAAAUGUGUACUAUGUACGUAUAUUAUAAACAGAUACAUUAGAAUAGUAAACAUAUCUUUUUAUUUCACUCCAUUUUAC